CGUGAGUUCGCGACCGAUCGCAUAACUCCGAGGCGGAUCGCGCGCUGUGCUCACACACCGGCUUGCGCUUCCGUCGUCGUCGCUGAACUGAACUCACCGCACUCCUCUCUACAAUGGGUGAAGGAGGUCGUGUACGGCUUGUGGACGAGUUCUCGGCGAAAAAAGGCGGUACCACCACGUCGGCGAGAGGAGUGGUGGUUGAAUCGAGCAGUACGCAAAGAACGAGGAGAGACAGUCAGGGCUCUGACACUGUUACGAUGAACUUCGUCACCGAUGACAGACUUGCUGACCGCGCGGGUAGUCGUGAGUACACGUCCGAGCAUCGUACUGCAACGUACGAGGACGACGGGGAUCAGAUUGAAGAAGAGAUAAUCGAAGAGACAAGAACUGUCAACGAACGUAUCGUGAAGACACGCCACGGAUUCGGAGGCGCUGCCUACGACGAAUUCUCCAAACGACGUGCGGGUUACGGUGCCCACGAGGAGUUUUCUGAGAAACGCGCAGGAUACGAUCGCUAUCAAGGGCAGCAGUCACGACAAGAACAGCAAUCGCGCCGGGAACUACAGUCGCGCCAAGAGCAGCAACAGCAGUAUCGCCAGGAGCAACAUUCACGACAAGAACGUCAAGAGCAACAAUCGCAUCGUAACGGUAUGGCCGUCGACUAUUCAUCGCAAGACUUUCGCCAAUCGCUAGCCGCGAUUGACGCGGCGUCACGCGAUGGAGUCGUUUCGCGUGAUGGUGUUCGAGUGCGUCAGCAAGGCGACACUACUAUCAUGACAGAACAUCGCGAUCCAUAUUCAUUUUAUUGGCAGUUAGAUCAGCAUCGGCGACGUUCCGAAUCUCCGAAGCGUCAUCCACCUCCUACAGACUAUGUGAUCGAUGAGGAAGAGGUAGUGGAAACCGUAUUAUCUCCAGAAUCUCAUGAUUCUGGCGUUGCUUUUGAGAAUCAAUAUAGCAAACCAUUGCGAGUGACACCGCCGGCGCCACCUCCAGCUCCGCCACCGCCACCUAUAAUUGAAGAAGAACAUCGGCCAUUGCCUCCUGGAUGGGAGAAGCAUCAAGAUCCAUCUGGGUUCUCCUACUACUGGCACGUUGAUAGUGGGACCAUUCAGCGCGAACCACCGCGUGCUCAGACACCACCACGCAGUCCAUCACCUCCACCACCCGUUUAUUCUAGGACAACUCACAGUCGUGAAACCCAAGCUGACGCUCCGCCGCCUCCACAGGUGAUCCAACUUCCACCACAACAACCAGUUAUCGAGGAGCAUGCGUUCAAACAAAGCACAACUAAACGUCGUAUCGAUAAUGAGCAGGAAAGUGACGGGGAAGAGUAUGGAUAUAGAAAGCCAAUUCGAUUCGCCGUUCGUUCACUUGGUUGGACAGAGAUCCCUGAAGAAGAUUUGACCGCAGAGAGAAGCUCUCGAGCUGUCAAUAGAGCUAUCGUAGACCUUUCGACUGGUCGCAAUGAUGUUAUGGAUAAUGUGAGCAAAUGGGGUGAUGGACGCGAGCUGAUUAUGGAACUUGACGACAAUGAGUUGACUCUGAUUGAUCCAGACACCAUGACAGUCGUACAUUCCGAGAAAAUUCCACAAAUUCGUGUUUGGGGUGUAGGAAGAGACAACGGAAGGGAUUUCGCCUAUGUCGCCCGUGAUCGCAACACUCGUCGAUUUAUGUGCCAUGUGUUCCGAUGUGACACACCAGCAAAGACAAUCGCGAACACACUAAGAGAUAUCUGUAAACGACUAAUGAUGCAUCGAAGACCAACAAGUUUGCAUGCUAUCGAUGCUAUACCGGAAAGACGGGUAAUUCGAACAGAUGGUUUGCCGACACCUAAUGAGGAGCCAAAGAAGAUCAUUAGGUGUCAUUUCUUAGGUGUAACUCAAGUGCCACGUGCUACUGGUAUCGAAAUUUUGAACGAGGCUGUCGAUAGGCUUGUGUCCCAAGUCCGACCAGAUCGCUGGAUCCUCGCUGACGUAGCAAUCGCUCCGUCGACAAUUACCAUAUCAGAAGUAGGAGGAGGACAAAUUGCGCAAUGUCGUGUUCGAUAUCUUUCCUUCCUUGGCAUUGGACGAGAUGUCAAGCACUGUGCAUUCAUCAUGCACACCUCGUCAGAGAACUUCAUGUGUUACGUCUUCCACGUAGAGCCGUCUGCCGCUGCCAUGGCAAAGACAAUUGAAGCCGCGUGCAAACUACGUUAUCAGAAAGUGCUAGAUGCCCAUGCACGAGCGCCAUCGCAUCUGAAUCAUCACCACGAAACUCCGUCAAUCGGCAAGGGAUGGACCGAAUCACUGCGUGAUGUGUUUGGGUCGGUAACUCAACGAAUCGUACCAUCACGAUCACUCCAAAGCAUAUGAGAAACAAUUAUCGAUUUAUCGAUUGUUUUACCUAAUGUUUCUUACAAGCUGCAUCUUUUCCUGCAUUUUCCUAUUUCAUCUACAGUUUCGUAAAGUGUUAAUCAGUGACGAUGUCAUGGAUUUUGAUUAUCAAGAGGUUUCGGAAUAAUUUUCUCUUUUCCUUGUUUUUGUUUACUUCCUCUAAUCAAGGUACUCUCUUCACUUUUCUUCUUGAAUUUCGACUCUUUUUCUGACCUUUGUAUGUAAACAAUUUUGUUUCCGCUUUAUAAUACAUCCAAAGCCUUUCGACUGACAGUGUAACUAGUCAUUGUAUCGAAGAAUUCAUUAUUUGUUGAUGAGUAGGAAAUCUUGUCUGAACUGUAUAUUCCAUUGCCGCUCAUUACAAAAUGCCUUACAAACUGAUUUAUGUUAGGGUUGAUUAGUUUCGAGAGACAGCUCCCUUCUUGUAGCUUUGAAUGCAUCUUGAACAGCCAAAGUUUUGUCAUAAUAGUCUAUGCUUCUUAUAUUUACAUGAUCAGUGUUGGAAAAUGAAGAACUU